ACCUUCAUACUUGCGCAGUAGCAGCAGAAGCAAGUAUGGCUUUGUUUGGAGAGAAAUAGUUUAAACCACCACAUUAAGAAUUUAAAUACAUAGUCUGUAUGGAGGUAAAUAUAUAAGAUUCAUAUUGUUGGUGACAAAACAACUACUAACCCACCUGUGAGGCAGUUGACACGUUUCAAUAAAAUGUCAGGACCUUAAGAAAUCACUCAAGAUGCCGCUCUUCGGAAACACAUUUAGUCCGAAGAAGAUUCCACCUCGCAAAUCUGCAUCUCUGUCCAGCCUUCACACGUUGGAUCGUUCAACAAGAGAAAUAGAGCUAGGUCUUGAGUAUGGACCUCCUGCAAUGAACCUUGGCGGUCAGAGUUGGAAAUUUGAAGAGGGACAGUGGAUAUCAGAAUCUGGUGGGAAUGCGUCUGGUAGGGAAUUGCAGCGGCUUAAGAAAAGAAAUGUACAGCUGGAGGAAGAGAACAAUCUCCUGAAACUUAAGAUUGAAGUCCUCCUGGACAUGUUGACAGAGACUACCGUAGAGUACCACAUGAUAGAGAAAGAAGUGGAGGAUAUAAAGACUCAACAUCGAAGGAAGAAAUGACAAUCCGAUCCGAUGCCUUCAUCAUAGGAAAUCUUCUUCAUUCUCAGUUUGAAGUUUGUUGAUAUAAAAAAAGUGGUACUUUGUUUUUAGUUUUUUUUUUUUUUUUGCUCAUGAGUAAAUUUUCACAUAAUUAAAAAACAUAGGGUCUCGGCCCUACUAGUUUAUUUGGAAAAGCAGGGGCACGUUUAAUCCGGUUCAAUCUCAAAACGGUGUGCACCGUUGCAAGGAAACUGUGUACAACAAGCUUUGAGGUAUGUUUUCUCUCGUUUGGUGGGUAUUUCCCAAUCAGCAGAGACGUGUAUGUAAACUUGUGGUAAUAAAAAUGCAGUGCACUUGUGCAUGCGGCAGGGUGUUGAAUGCACCACCAUUUCAGUUUAAAUAAACGUUUUGCUAUGUCUUGUCAGGUUUGAAUGUGCCCCAGAUACCCCUUGAUCUGAUUUAGUGACUAAUUUUAUUUGUUCUGUCCUGCAUUUGUAACUGUAAAUCUGAAAUAAGUGUGGACAUCUUUGUUCAAUACACAGCAUCAUUUCGACAUCUUUUACAUCUGUAUGGCAAGUGUUGGCCGACAUUUUCAAGAUUUUUUCUAUUAAGUGUAUUUUCUAUUCAGUUUCAAAUUAAAUUAAUCACAGUGUGCA